AUGGCAGACGUACCAAAGCCGGUGGAUACCACGGCGUACAAGCCUCAUCCCACCGAGAAGAUGAAGGCAGCUCUCUGGACGGGCACAAAAUCGAUCGAGCUGGGUGAGGUACCAAAGCCCACCGUCACCGCGCCCAAGGACGCCAUUGUGCACAUCACCCACUGCACCAUAUGUGGCUCGGACCUGCAUAUGUAUGCUGGCGAUCUGAAUAAGGUCAUGGAAAAGGGGUUGAUCAUGGGCCACGAGGCCAUCGGCAUUGUCGAAGAAGUCGGGCCGCAAGUCAAGAACUUGAAGGCAGGAGACCGGGUGGUCAUCUUGCCGGUCAUUGCAUGCGGAGAAUGCUUCUACUGCAAGCGCAAGGAGUUCUCUCUCUGCGACCGAACCAACCCGUCCAAGGAACUGGAGCAAAUGUACGGCCAUCGCCUAUCCGGCAUCUUUGGCUAUUCCAAGAUCACGGGGGGAUACCCUGGCGACCAAGCUGAAUACUGCCGCGUCCCUAACGCGGAUCUGACCUGCGUCAAGGCUCCGAAGAAUGUCGAUGCUAAGAAACUGCUUGGGCUUGCAGAUGUGACACCUACUGCGUGGCACGGCUGCGAGCUGGCGGAAGUGGGUGAAGGCGACGUCGUUGGCGUCUGGGGCUGUGGUCCAGUCGGCCUCUCAAUCCAACGGUUGGCGAAGUAUCGUGGAGCCAGCAAGGUUUACGCAAUGGACAAGGACGUGAAUCGGCUCAAUAUCGCAAAGUCUUUUGGCAUGAUUCCGGUCAAUGUGAAAGAGCACAACGAUCCGGCAGCUUACAUUUUAUCUGUUGAAUCGCGUGGUCUGGACCGCGGUAUCGAAGCGAGCGGUUUUCGUAGUACGAACACGGCCGCUCACGCUACCAUGAGAGCACUGAGUCUUGAGGGCGACAGCUCCGACACCGCCAGCGCGGUGAUCAAGGCAACGCGCAAGGGCGGGAAUAUCGCUCUAAUUGGCGACUUCUUCUUUACGACCAACGACUUCCCCAUUGGAAUGUUGAUGGAGAAAGCCAUCACCCUGCGCGGUGGGCAGCUCUACGCCGAGAAGUACUUCCCGUUCCUUCUAGACAUCGUUGUCGAAGGCAACUACGACCCCUCAUUCAUGUUUACACACGAAGACAAGUUCGAAAACAUCUCAAAGAGCUACGACGCAUUCUACAACCACAAAGUGCCUGGAGGGUUAAAAGUGUGCCUGGCGACAGCCUUUGGCCGGGCAUAA